GCUGUGAACAUUCUUGUAAAUGUCUUUUCGAGCAUCUGUGCAUUUCUCUCAGCUAUAGAAUGACCGAGUCAUAAGAAAAAAUUAACAUUACUCAUAUAAUGGAUUCUAUACAUCAGAUUGCUUUAUUCUGGGUAUCAUGGUAACAGUGCAGGAAGUAGUCAUGACUGCUGAAGAAAUAAACUUUUUAAAACUAUAGCAGAAUUUGGUUUUGGUACCUUUUAUGAAAAUCCUGCUUUUGUUUUUAAUUUUUAAUAACUUUUUUUUUUACCAAAGAUAUGAACAAGCAAAGAGUUUAUCUUGUUAGGCGAGUACAUGUUAAUAAGAAUGCCUAGAAGAGGAUUGAUUCUUCAGACCCGGACCCACUGGCUGCUGUUGGGCCUCGCUUUGCUCUGCAGUUUGGUAUUAUUUAUGUACCUUCUGGAAUGUGCACCCCAGACUGAUGGAAAUGCAUCUCUUCCUGGUGUUGUUGGGGAAAAUUAUGGUAAAGAGUAUUAUCAGGCCCUCUUGCAGGAGCAAGAAGAACAUUAUCAAACCAGAGCAACCAGCCUGAAACGCCAAAUUGCCCAACUAAAACAAGAAUUACAAGAAAUGAGUGAGAAGAUGAGAUCACUGCAAGAGAGAAAGAAUGUGGGGGCUAAUGGCAUAGGCUAUCAAGGUAACAAAGAGCAAGCACCUAGUGAUCUUUUAGAGUUUCUUCAUUCCCAAAUUGACAAAGCCGAAGUUAGCAUAGGAGCCAAACUGCCCAGUGAGUAUGGAGUCAUUCCUUUUGAAAGUUUUACCUUAAUGAAAGUAUUUCAACUGGAAAUGGGUCUCACUCGCCAUCCUGAAGAAAAGCCUGUUAGAAAAGAUAAACGAGAUGAAUUGGUAGAAGCUAUUGAAGCUGGCUUGGAGGUCAUUAAUAAUCCAGAUGAAGAUGAUGAACAGGAAGAUGAGGAGGGUCCCCUUGGAGAGAAACUGAUAUUUAAUGAAAAUGACUUCGUAGAAGGUUAUUAUCGCACCGAGAGAGAUAAGGGCACCCAGUAUGAACUCUUUUUUAAGAAAGCAGAACUUAUGGAAUAUAGACAUGUAACCCUCUUUCGCCCUUUUGGACCUCUUAUGAAAGUAAAGAGCGAGAUGAUUGAUAUUACUAGAUCAGUUAUUAAUAUCAUUGUGCCACUUGCUGAAAGAACUGAAGCAUUUGCACAGUUUAUGCAGAACUUCAGGGAUGUUUGUAUUCAUCAGGACAAGAGGAUUCAUCUCACAGUGGUAUAUUUUGGUAAAGAAGGACUGUCUACGGUCAAGUCUAUCCUAGAAUCUGUCACAAGUGAGUCUAAUUUUCACAAUUACACCUUGGUCUCAUUGAAUGAAGAAUUUAAUCGUGGACGAGGACUAAAUGUGGGUGCCCGAGCUUGGGACAAGGGAGAGGUCUUGAUGUUUUUCUGUGAUGUUGAUAUAUAUUUCUCAGCCGAAUUCCUUAACAGCUGCCGGUUAAAUGCAGAGCCAGGUAAGAAGGUAUUUUACCCUGUGGUGUUCAGUCUUUACAAUCCUGCCAUCGUUUAUGCCAACCUGGAAGUACCACCACCUGUGGAGCAGCAGCUGGUUCACAAAAAGGAUUCUGGCUUUUGGCGAGAUUUUGGCUUUGGAAUGACUUGUCAAUAUCGAUCAGAUUUCCUGACCAUUGGUGGAUUUGACAUGGAAGUAAAAGGUUGGGGUGGAGAAGAUGUUCAUUUAUAUCGAAAAUACUUACAUGGUGAACUUAUUGUGAUUCGGACUCCAGUUCCUGGUCUUUUUCACCUCUGGCAUGAAAAGCGCUGUGCUGAUGAGCUGACCCCUGAGCAGUACCGCAUGUGCAUCCAGUCCAAAGCCAUGAAUGAGGCCUCUCACUCCCACCUAGGAAUGCUGGUCUUCAGGGAGGAAAUAGAGACGCAUCUUCAUAAACAGGCAUACAGGACAAACAGUGAAGCUGUUGGUUAACGUAGUCAUUAAUGUGUUAAAAUCUGAACCACAAACCAGCACUAUUUAUUUAGCCUUAAUUCUAAUUCCAAAUGCAGUGCCUCUUUCAGCGAAGACGUAUUUAUUUAUCAUGUUCUUUCUAACAUAACUUUAGCAAUUCAACUUGAUAUGAGAAGGAAAAAGUGUUUCAACACAAAGCCUGUUUUGUGAGAACACUGCAUUAUGGAAUAAUGGACAAAUUGAAAUCUGUUGUGUGUCCCAAAAGCUGUUUUGAGUUAGUUUCUACCUGGUGCCCGUGUUCUGAGUGCAUGUGGGAUUUCAUGGUGUUCUGACUGCAUCUGGGUGGAGGGAUGGAAUGUCCUAGGCUGGUGAUGGUGCUUGGGGAGCAGCACAUUCCAACAGAAGAGAUGGAGUGUUAUGGAUAUAUAGUGUGUGGGCAGGUAUUUCUACCUGCUGACUACUAAGUUAGCCUGCUUGAUUUUUAAAUGAACAGCUUUGGUUGAUAGCUUGAAGAAUUCUCUUUCACUGAAGCAGAGGAUAAUUAAGUGAUAUAUCUGAAAUCCCCACUCAAGAGAAGGCACAAAUCAAAACCCUUUAACUUAAUGUUGCUUUGCCCACUGUAUGUCUGUUUUUAAACAAAUGCCAUAAUAAUAGAAAAUCAAGAAUCUAUGUCUUAAUUAAAAAUGUAAUAUGCUAUUAUAUUAUCAUCUUGUUCAGGAUUAGUAGUCAAAAUUGCCGUAGACUGUUUUGAAUAAACAGGAAAAACAUGGGAACAUUUUUAACAGAACAUUUAAUUAUGUUGAAGUACAAGAUAGAUCCUAGCUGUGUCUGAGAACAUCAGUUUAUGUGAGCCAACUACAUUAGGGCCUGCCUGUGGUGGCUCAGAAUACAUGAGCAUAGCAUAGUUUUGUUUGUUGCUUUGUAUUUUCUCAUUUAACAUGGAUCCAUAUGUAUUUAUUAUCCUUUUUUUCUAAUACGUUAAUAUAUGCUACAUCUGUAUUUGCAUUAUUGUAAUACUUUGAGUUGAAAGAGAGUACACUGUGGGGAGAAAAAGCAAACAAUUUAAUGAGAUAUACCAUAAGAUCACUCUGAUUGAAGAAAAAGGGAAGAGGGAGGGAAAGAUAGUCUCAAUAGAAAUCUGAAUUACAUAAUAUUUUAUAGAGACGUAUAUUACUUGAAUAUAGACUGUUUUAAUUGAGGUAUAAAUUAUAUUAAUGAGACAAAGUAAAUAAGAAAUUAUAUUCAGAUAAGACUGUAUUAUAUUAUUUAUCACACAUGAAUCUUUUGCCAUCAAGUCAAUUUCUAGAUCCAGAAAUUGGAGAUAAGGUAAAAGGCAUGCAUAAAUUUUUUUAGCUCUUGGCUCUUAAAAGGGACCUUUAUUUAAUUAUAUUUGUACAUAAGCCCCUGAAAAGUCACAGAAGAAUAAUUGUUAAUCUUUUUUCUCAAUAAAUCAUAUUAUCUGAAAUAUUACAAAUUACAAAUUUCGAGGUGCUAUGUGAAAUCUGUUUUACAAUAACACUUAACUAUUCUUACAAACUUUAAGUUGGGAUAAUGUUUAGGGAUUUUAAAAAUGUUCUCUGCAAAAUAAUUCAGGCCAUAUCUCCUUUUAUAUCAAUUAUUUAUUAUAAAACCACUGAAUUAUGGUAUUUAAAGUGAGAGAACUUAUUUGUAAAGAUAAGUUGCAUCUUGUUUUUUGAGAGAAUCAAAUGAUUUUACUUUUGCUCCUGUUUUUUUAAACUAUCUUUUAUUUAAAGAUGGAAGCUAAGCAAUGGAAACAUUAGUAUGUUUUUGACAUUAAAUGGUACCAAUAAAGUAUUUUAUUACCAAAAGUCAAAUGAAAA